GCAGGUCUCGCGAGGCCGCGCCCAGGGUCCCGCGGUCUCCGAGCGCGCCACUGUAGUAGCCUGACGGUUGGACUAGUGAUUCUCUAGUUGAGCGACCAGCGUCUGCACCUGCGUGGCCAUGGAAGGGCCGGCUUUGUUGCCCCGUCGGAGCCGACGACUGUUGGCGCUGUUUCUAUUCUUGCUGUGGGCCGGGGCUCUUCGGGGCAAGGAGGUGGAGGAGAAACUACGGAGCCGCGAAGAAGAGUGCCACUUCUACGCGGGCGGACAAGUGUACCCCGGGGAGGCGUCCCGAGUUUCGGACGCCCAUCACUCCCUGCACCUUAGCAAAGCCAAGAUUUCCAAGCCAGCACCCUAUUGGGAAGGAACAGCUGUGAUAAAUGGAGAAUUUAAGGAACUCAAGUUAACUGAUUAUCGUGGAAAAUACCUGGUUUUUUUCUUCUAUCCACUUGAUUUCACUUUUGUGUGUCCAACUGAAAUUAUCGCCUUUGGUGACAGAAUUGAAGAAUUCAGAUCUAUAAAUACUGAAGUGGUCGCAUGUUCUGUUGAUUCACAGUUUACCCAUUUGGCCUGGAUUAAUACACCUCGAAAACAAGGUGGACUUGGGUCAAUAAAGAUUCCACUUCUUUCAGAUUUGACCCAUCAAAUCUCAAAGGAUUAUGGUGUCUAUCUGGAAGACUCAGGCCAUACUCUCAGAGGCCUCUUCAUUAUUGAUGACAAAGGAAUCCUAAGACAGAUUACUCUGAAUGAUCUUCCUGUAGGUAGAUCAGUGGAUGAGACACUACGUUUGGUUCAAGCAUUCCAGUACACUGACAAACAUGGAGAAGUCUGCCCUGCUGGUUGGAAGCCUGGUAGUGAAACAGUUUCAAAGGCUCUAGGAAGGAACACUUCUUUCAGACUAUUUGUUCAUUCAGUUAUUAUUGAAGAUCAAACCUGAAGAUGUCAUGAAAGCCUGGUGGCCAAGAGAAGAGCUAUAAUCCCAGACCCAACUGGAAAACUGAAGUAUUUCGAUAAACUGAACUGAAAAAUACUUCUUCUGAUUAUGAUGCUUGAAACUUCUCAAUAAAUGAAGUUCACUGUUUUAUUACCA